AUGAUCUUUCCAGCCUACCUCCCUCAGAAACAGCGAAAGAUCGUCUUCAGCCCCAAGAUGCGAACCUUUAUGCAGUCCAACCCCAUCGUUAUCGAGGUUGACGGCAUCGAGCACAAAUUCUCCCCAAUCGAUCGCAGCAAGGACAUUCCGAACUCAAAAAAGAGCUUCAGCCAAGCCAUGAGCUUGAUGGAGACGCCAGAGGAUUGGGCCAAUCUGGGCACCCUCCUAGCAGGAUACAAGAAGGCUGGCGUGAAGCUUCGCAGUCAACACUAUGGAAAGAUUAUCCGCCGUGCCGAGGAAACGGGCAACAUCUACGCCGUGAUUGAGUGCGCAAAGCAGGCAGAAAAGACUGGAUUGAAGCUGCAAACGCACGAAAUGGUUGUGCGACUGCUGGCCGCCAUCAACGACAGGAUUGUCAGUGGCGGUCAUGCCGCGACUCCGCAAGCUGUCAAGUGGAUGGAAGUGGCCCUUGACCUGCUGUACCGCCCCGAGCAGGUGAUGCACAGAGACGUUUCUGCCGAUACCAAGGUCCACGCAUCGCGACUCGCGCGCGGCCUCGUAUUGUUUACGCGGGCUUCGGCAGUAUCCGCAAAGCAGGCUACGGCAGAGAGCGCUGCUGUUGAGCUGCUUCUGCUCAAGGAUGAGGUAGAACUCCUCAAGACGCUGUGGAAGGACGCGGACCUCAAGAAUAUCAGCAGCCUCCCCGAAUUUGCCGUUCUGAACCCGGAUGCUGUUGAGAAGCACAAGAAUCUAAACGGUGCUAGCUACGUCAGCAUCGUCGCUCAGAACCUGAAGGCCAUCUCCCUAGCCCGCGAGUUGGCCCCGGCGGAGGCCCAAGAGCUUGGGGCCGUCGAGGCUGCCCUGUCAGAGCACCUCACACAACGUGUCACGAAUGACAAACGUCGCGGUGGUAGCUGGGCAGAGGUGUUUGAGAAGAUUACUGGUGCCGCGCCGUCCUGGCCAGCAGUCGCAUCAAAACCGGCUGAGGCAGUGGAGGCUUAA